CAGUCGGCCACCGCGCGGUCCCCAACGCGCACCGUCGUGUCGCGCGCAAACAAUUUUAAAAUCGAAAUCUCUCGAUCAGUGAAGGGAAUUGUGACAGAAGUGUUGAGUGUCAAGUUCAGUUCUCUUUAGAAUCGGUGAUAGUGUGAUGCGGACAAAAUCUUAGUGCAAGGUCAGUGAUGGUAUGGAUUCGCGAUGCCGGAUUGGCGAUACAACGUGCUGUCGACGAGCGAGGCGUUCCUCGACGGCGCCGGCCCGCCGCGCGACCCUCUGGUGUCCAGCUACCCGCGCCGCGCCGACCGUACCCGCCCAGUACACACCUGCCCCUACACUACUAUCUUCUUAGGAAGUCGCUCGCAUGUGCCUUACCGUCUGCCAGCACACUCUGAAAACGGUGACCCAUUCGCAGAUGCAUAUUCCGUAGAUCGCUCCUCCAACUUAACUGACACGUCAAGUUUCGCACGAUACGAGGAUUGUCGUCCACAGAUAGACGAAACGCUAUCAGAAGAGAACGAUCAAGUUUACUCCGACGAAAAGACAGAUGAAAAUUUACCACUACAAGUUCAAAAGGUGCCAUAUACAUCUAGCGUGUAUUAUAUAUCCGCUAAAACAGAAACUUUAAAUAAAGAUGGGCAGGGAACUGAUCUCUUUUUGGUCGAAGCAUCGGAAUCGGAUGCCCUGUCGUCUUGCACGUGCGAUAGCUUUGAACGCUGUGAGUUCGACUGUAGGGAUUUUGAACCAUUUUCCGACACGUGCUGCUGCGACCCACUAAGCGAUGGAGUGUGCAGUCGUAGUCCAAAAGUAGUUGAAUCCCCGGAGGAUUUUUGUGACAAAACCGUUGAUGAAGAUGGUGCAUCGGCGCGGAGCGAUAUGGAUGGUCUCGAUUUGACAUUGUUCGAACCAGCACCAACAGAAUCGAACCAGUGCGAAGGACAGCCAUCGACUCGCAGCGCGGGUUCGGCGGCGACAGGUCUGUGCGGUGUGCUGUACGCUGUGUCAGACUCCGGUAAUGACGGUGCGGCGGUCGCGCAGAGCGGCGCGGCAGUGGGCGUUCCCGCAUCCUGGGAGCCGUUCUACUGCGUGCUGCAGCAGGACCGCCGCACUCUCACCGCCUACACCAGCGAGGAACUUGCCUCGUUCCCAGGAUUCUAUGUGGAUCGAAAGCAAUCAACGAAUAACAAUGGGGAAUAUUCAACUCGAAGUCUGCCUCGGGUAAGAAUAGAUGCCGGCUCGAACGCGGGAACCGCUGGAGUACGAUUGCGAUGCUGGGCAGCACCACCAUCUAUCACCGAGGAGGAAGUUGAAGACGAAAUCGAAGAAGAUGCCGUGUCUUUACGAGCUGUGCCCGUUCAAGACACAUCUUAUGAAAAAGCGUGUCGGCGGGGCUCGGCGCCGAGUACGCCGGUGCCGGGUGCGCAGGCGCAGCACAGCCCCUCGCGGCUCGCCUCCUUCUUCUUCUCGAAGCGAUCGUUUAGGAGCAACCCGCUUAAAAGGACCAAAUCCGCUACGAAGUUGGAAAGAGAAAGAGCGCUGGCUGCAGUCCCCACACAUCCUCCGGCACACGCUCUGCGGACCUCUAGAUCUCAUGAAAGUCUACUGUCAGCUCACUCACCCGCCGUAUCCACUAUGGAUUUGGGACCACCAAAUCAAGUAGAAAUCCGUGCGCUGCACUCGUCGGUGUUGGGCCGUGCGCACUGCUUCGCGCUCAGCGCAGAGAACAGAGCGCCGCGGUACUUCGCCUGCGCCUCGAGGAAGGAACGCGACCGCUGGAUAUACAGCCUUCGGCAAGCGGCGCGACCGGACGAGAUGCGUACACGCCGAUGCGAACGCACCGUCAAACUGUGGCUCCUAGAGGCCAAGGCCAUACCGCCCAAGAAACGAUAUUACUGUGAAAUACUGCUAGACGAUACGCUCUAUGCAAGGUCGUCGUCGAAGCUGAAGACGGAGCUGUGCUUUUGGGGUGAGGUGUACGAGUUCGGUGCCUUACCCGCUGUACGCAACAUACACGUCAACGUGUAUCGCGAGCCCGAGAGACGUGCGCGCAAGCGGGACAAGCACGCACUAGUCGGAACAGUCCGCAUCCCGGUGGACGACGUGUCCUCGCGCUACCUGAACGAGCGUUGGUACCCGCUGUCGGCGGAGUCCCCGACGUCGCCGGCGCGCUCUGGGGGCAGCACGGGGCCCGCUGCGGCGGGGACGCCGGCGCCCGCACUGCGCAUCAAGUGUCGCUACCAGAGCGUGGACGUGCUGCCGCUCGACUGCUAUGCGCGCUUUCUGGACUACCUCACGCGGCACUACCGCAGGCUCUGCGAGUAUCUCGAACCUGUCAUCGGUGUGAAAGCGAAAGAGGACAUCGGUUGCGCACUGGUGCUAUGUAUGGCGGGCGCGGGCCUAGCCCCGCGCUACCUGGCCGACGUGGUGGCGUUAGACGUUCGCCGCACCGGCGACCACUCGCUCACCUUCCGAGGCAACUCCCUCGCCACUAAGAGCAUGGAGGCCUACCUCAAGCUCGUCGGCGACCAGUACCUCCAGGAGACGCUGGGCGAGGCGGUGUGCUGGGCGGCGGGUAGCGGCGCGGAGUGCGAGGUGGACCCGCUGCGGGCGGGCGGGGGCGCGGCGCUGCGCCGGCACCAGGCGGCACUGCGGGACGCUGUGACGCGCGCCUGGCGAGCCAUCGCCGCCUCCGCACCUGACUUCCCCCCACCACUCAGAGACUGCUUCGCCACCUUCAGAGAGAGAUUGACUUCGAUGGGACGUGAAGAUAUCUCUGACAAUUUAAUUAGCGCUUCCAUCUUCCUGCGGUUCCUUUGUCCGGCCAUACUUUCCCCCAGUCUAUUUGGAAUAACUCAUGAAUACCCGAACGAGCGCGCGGCUCGCAAUCUGACGUUGGUGGCAAAGACUCUGCAGACGUUGGCCAACUUCACGCGCUUCCAGGGCAAGGAGGCCUUCAUGGAGUUCCUCAACGACUUCCUCGAGCAGGAGGCGCCCAACAUGAAGGCCUUCCUACGAGCUAUCUCUACACGUCCUCAAGAUCAGCAAUCGCAGCAGACACAGGAGAACAAGCGGGACUCGUCAGUAUCUCAGGGGUCUGCGGGGUCUGAGGGAUCGGGGAGGGGCGCGGCGGCGGGCGGUGCUGUGGGCGGGGCUGUGGGCGGGGCUGUGGGCGGUGCUGUGGGCGCGGGGGGCGUGGAGCCCGACCCCGAGUGGGCGCCGCACGUGGACCUCGGCAAGCAGCUCGCCACACUGCACGCCCUGCUCGUCGACAGCCUGCCCAAGCUGCCGCAGCCCAGGAUACAAGAGCUGGAGCCGCUGUCAGAUAUCCUCGAGGAGCUGAGCAAUAGACUAGCCAGUAACGACAACGGGCCCAUGGCACCGGUUUCUGAUAACAUCUUUAGGUUUAAUGAUCCCACAUGCAACACACCUACAAAACAAAGUAACGCCGAACCCCCAACUAACGGACAACUUAACAACAACUUCGCUCACAGUUCGCCGAUCAUGAACAAAAAUGGCGUUCAAUUCAACAUUAGCCCGUCGAAAUCUAACGCAGAAGACUCAAAAUACAAAGGAACCUACGCCGCAGUAUCAAAGUCGCCCAGUUUUAACUUACGCUCCGCAACACUACCCAGGAACGGGUAUGGCUCCAACCAACAAAAUCAGAACGUGAACCCAGACAGGUACAGCUCCCAGUACAAUAACCAAGAACAUUGCGUCAAUCUAAAGGUCGUACAAAUCGGUUUCGGCUCGGAUCAAUAUCCGAAAGGUAUCAGCAAUGGUCUCAACGAAAGCUUAGAGAGGAGAUUCCAAGAUAGAUACAAACCGAACAAUUACAAUCAACAACAAUCUCACUUCCACAACAGUAAUUACAACACGGAAAGAUCUCCAAGCAACGAUAGCAUCAAUCAUAAUUACAGUUCCAACGAAAUGCAAAAUAUUAUGAAAGAGACGGCCACAUUGGAGGAGCUCUCAGAUUUGCUAAAAUAUGCCGACGAUUCAGAUAUUGUAGACGACAAGCAGAACAACAAAAAGAUCACAUCGCAAUCUAAAAUGAACAAUAACAACAACAAUAAUAACAUUGUGAACGGCAACAAAACCAACUACACAAAUAACGGGUCCAAUGUUUCGAUCAGUGGACUGUCGAAUGUCGCUAGUUCGGGCUACCAGAGUAUCGCCACCUACAGCCAAAGUAGCAGCCCCAUAGAGAACACUGGGCAUCAUCACCAACCGUAUGAAAACGGCGGACAACCGAUGUCCCGCUACUCGCAGCUAAACUACCAAAAACAGAGAGAGAAACAGUAUUACGACAGCAAAAACGAGAAGUUCUAUCCGAAGAGUCCGGUGCAACAGAAAAUCGAAUACGACAUACAAAAGUAUGGAAUUCAAAACUUCACCACCGCCGACAAUGUACAGAGCAACACAAACGCCAACUCUAAAAUAGCGCCGCUUGUGUUUACCAACCCGGUCUACAACAUGGAGGACGGUCGACAGGCACAAGAGAAGAACGCAAACAAUGAUAACAGGAACUCGAAGCGCUGCCCCUGUGGCUCGUCCAGUUCAUCGAUAGAUGAGGAGGGUUUGAGCACGGACAACGUGGAGACCAACUCAGAGGAGGGUUCCACCAACUUCAACGACGACGGGAGGAACUUUGACCAACAGAACCGCAACAAUACCCACCGAAAGCUCACCAGAGAUAAUUGUUCUUACGAAGACUCGUACCAGAGAAACCACAACCAUUCCCCUAGGAUAAGAGACGACGAGUCGUCCAGCAACUCGCCCAGCUUACGGAAAAAUAGCAAAACUCGCAUGCCGCGGACGAAUCCGAUGCUCUCUUACUCGACGAAUCAGAACCAACUGAACUUGAAGCACUUCGGUCAACGAGGCGAGAUGUACGAGAGCAAGCCGCAUCACAUCUCCACCGACUCCGGCUACCCGAUGAGCCGGUCCGACUCCAACGUAGAGGAGGUCAACAAGGAAAUGUACAGGCUUCAGAUAUCGAGGAGUCAGAAGGCUAUGUUCAACAUGGAAAACUCGAAGAACUCUCCAGAGAAAUUCACGAUGACCGAAAACACGAUUCCCGAGACGAAUUAUCCUUUAGACAGGGCAUACUCGGGGACUAAGAUGUCGAGUAGUCGAGUGAACGAAGAUUUGGAGAGGCAUCAGGAUUACUACGGUAUGCGGGACAGAAGGGAUUCCCCCAACACCGCGGUGUUUGGAGGAUCGCAGACGAGCGAGGCGAGCGAGCGAGUCAACAGUCGGGAGGUGCGCGGGGAGCGCGGGGAGCGCGAGCCCACCACGCGGGACAAGCUGCAGCGGCGACUGAGUCUGGAGUCCGCGCGCGACCUCACCGACAGCUCGGAUGAUGUCGACGACACGCUCUACAGCACCACGGGUCGCCGCCGCACAUCCAAACAUCACAGAACUAUUGAACAGUAUGAACGUGAAAUAGAAAGGUUGAAGUGUUCUGUCGAGCUGCUGCGCGGCCGCCUGGGCCCGGCCGAGCCCGGUCAAGACCACACGGACGCUAAAAUGAAGGCGAUUAUAUCAAGGUUAAUUUGUGUGGAAGAGGAACUGAGGCGCGAGCAGCGCAAGAUGGCGGCAGCACUGUCGCACAAACAGCGCGUGAUCGAGGCGCAGGAGCACCGCAUCGCGGCUCUCGACGAGGCCAACACGCGCCUGCUCUCCGCGCUCGUACACUUGCAGCAGCGCGCGCCGCACCCCGCACCCACACACUCCCACCACGAACUACAGAUAUAAUCUUUUUAAUCUAUGCCACGAACUGCAAAUAUAACCUUUUUAAUCUGUGCAACCGUCAAAUAUCAGUAAUCUAUGGAACUGACAUUUUUUUACCGUGUGCGCAGUCUACAGUAUUGUACUCUUUGCAAACAAUAUCUCCUGUCAAUUUUCCCACUCUUUUUUGUAACGCUGAAACACAAAUACUUUCUAUUGAUAAUUAAUUACAUGUUAAAUAUAUUUAAAAUAGAUUCCUCUGAUCUCGUUCUAUAAAAACGAUCACAUUCAUUACCGUUCUUAAGAAUUAACAAAUAGUUAAGCUUGUCAUGUGUUGCC